UGGGUGUGUCAACAGACAUAAUUAUGAGAAAGUUGGCAAGAUCAUAAUGGAAUGCAAGAGUGAAAGCUUCUGGUACAGAGCUUUGCCAUUAUCUCUUGCAAGUAUGCUUGCUUCCCAAGGAUUGGUGUACAAAGGAAUUCUUUCACCUUCAAAAAGAUUUGGGUCAACUCCUAAAGUCGCACUUGCUGGAGUUCUUGGUUUUGUGGUUGGAAAAAUCUCUUAUGUGGGAGCUUGUCGUCAAAAGUUUCAAAAUGCAGGCUUUCCCGCUUUUGGAACUACAUUUCCUUACGGAUUUGGAAACUUCCCUUUAGGUAAACCCCAUCAUGACAACGACCAUCAUGAAGGCAAAAACGGACCCCAUGGAUUCCCAGACCAUUGCAGGAAAUCUCAGCGGACAACCCCAGACUCUGCUGACCUCAGAUGCUCAUGGACACUAGACUCUUAGCUGCAUAAGGAUCACUCCAUACAAAGUUGAAACCUGCCUUCUACUUCUAGUAUGGAAGGAUAAUAUAACCCGUAAAGUCUAAAAAUCUAUACUUCCCCUAACAACUGGUAGGGAAGUGGCACCUAGGAAAGCUGAAGAAUGGCCUGGUCCCAGCGAUUCCUCUUCUCAUGCAUUGUAAUGUGGUUGAUCAAGUUAUGAUGAAGCUGUAACCCUAACCUCCAGCCUUCAAUCUGAUGAGCAUGUCAGUCACUUUAUCAGAUGGGCCCUCCGAUCUGGAGGUGGUGUGACAGAACAUUGUCAUUACUGAUUGGCUGAUUUAAGGGUCACCUUGACUGAAACUCCUUUACUCCGUCCUCUAAAGGUAAGAAGGGUAUGGAUGUUCAUAUGAAUAUUUCCUUGUGUCUGCUGGGAAAAUCUGCCACAGUGUGUAGCUGAUGUGUGCAUCAAAGAAAAUCUUAUGUUUGUAUUUGAGAAUCCUAUGCCCUUUUCCAUUGGAAAGGAAACACCAGCAAGAGGGUCUAAGAUGUUUUCACAAUAACUCAGGGAAUCAAAAAUGAACAACUGGUCUCCACAUCGCAACUGAAAUGCCAAAAUGUAGGAAGAACUUACAUUGGUUGUGAAGACGGCAUCAAAAUCACAAAAACAAAUCAUCCUGUAUUUGAUUGCAUGCUAUUCAAGGCAUAUGUGAUUUCUUCAUUCUUCAGCUGUCUUCAUUUCUUCCACUAUUUGAAGGCACAGUAGGAUAUUUGUGACUCUCAAGCUUUAACAACAACUUAAAUCUAUACAGUUCCUUUAAUGUGGUAAAACAUUCCAAGUUUCUUUACACGAGCAUUACAAACAAAAUUUGAUAUUGCACCAUAUUAGAAUGAUGAGGAAAACCUAUCUUAAAAUAAGUACGAGGGAAAGAGAGAAAGGAGUGGCUUUGAGGGAAUUUCAAAGCCUACAACACUAGCAGUGGAAUACAUGACUGCUAAUGGUGGACUGAUUAAAACUGGAGAUAUGAACAACAUACAAAUUAGUAGGUUACUCUUCCCUUUGAGUCUACUCCAUAUUCAAUAAUAUCAUGAGGUCAUGGAUGAUCUGAUUUUGACCUCAACUCUACAUUCCUCCUACGUUACUCCCUAAGAACAUUUCACACCCCUUUACUUAUCAAGAAUCUCUCUCUCUUUGCCUUCAUUGCCUUUUGAAAAGAACUCCAAGACAUUCAACCUUCUGAGAGAAACUUAACUCUGUCUUAAGUGGAUGACCCCUAAUUUAAAACAAUGACCACCAGUUUUGGAUUCUUCCAUCAGAGGAAACAUUCUCUUGGCAUUCCCCCCACAUCCCCUCAGGAUCUUGGAUGUUUCAGUCAAGUUGCCUUACUCUUAUAAACUCCAGCAGAUAGAAGCUUAGCCUGUCCACCUUUUUCUCAUAAUACAACUUGCCCGUUCUGGGUAUUCGUCUGAUAAACAUUCCUCUGAACUGCUUGCAAUGCAUUGAUAUUUCCCCCUUAAUAAAUAGGAAGACCAAUACUGAGCAUAAUACUUAAGAGAGAGUUAACCAAUGCCUUGUAAACCUGCAGCAUCAUUGACUUUUUUUUUGAAAUUUGAUUACAAUCAAUUUUAUAAUCAGAAUUAAUGCACAAGAGACAAAAACUGGAGAAACACAAGUAUCUUGUAAUGUUCUGGGACUAGAAGAAAUUACAGACAAAAAAUAGGACAAGGCCAUGGAAGGAAUUGAAAACAAAAAUGAGAAUUCUAAAAUCAGAAUGUCACCAGUGAACACAGGGAUGAUGGGAGAAUAAGACUUAUUGUGAGUUAGGAAACCUGUAGCCGAGUUUUGGAUGAGCUUAUGUUUAUGGAGGGUAGGAUUCCAAAGUAUUGCUCCAAAGCAGAGCAGCAGCAGAGAUGAAUGGCUCAACAAAGGCUCUGGAUUCAGUGGUACCGGAACACACAGCUGGGAUGCUAGAAUAAUUAGCUGUUUCUCAGCUGAAACACUGAUCCAUAAUUCUGCAAUACUGGUCACGAUUGGAACUGUUAUAGAUGUUGCAUAAUUAUGAUCUAUAUGCUUUCCUGUUGAAAAAUAGUCCUUGGUUUCCUGGCCAGCUAGUAGCCUGCUUUCUCUUCUUAAUAAAGAACACAAAGUGCUGGAGAAACUCAGCAGGACUGGCAGCAUCUAUUGAGAGACGAACAGAGAUAACAUUUCGAGUUUUGUGGCCCUUCACCAGAGCAGUUCUGAUAGGAGGGGGUCAUCGAGGUCACACUAUUUUUGAUGGGGACAUAGUAUGUCAUGAUAAUUGGCAUAACUAAUGUGUAACUCAGGGUUUGGGGUAAAUCGGGGAGAUGAAAUCUUAAGUAAAAGAGAUGAGUGGGAAUGUGUGGAAACUCAGAUAUGAUGCUGUUGACAGGAAAUACAAGGAACAGAAGAGUCACCAAGAUUGAGAAGCUGAGCCUCAGAUUGCCCCGUGAUGCCUUCCAUCCUCAUCUGAAUUGCAAAUGUGCAAUGGAAAUGAGAAGUGGCUGCCACCAGUCCUGGAAUGGGUCGAGUAAAUGUCUUUUUUCUGCCUGAGGGAGCAGGCUCUACUUGGGAGCGAUGCAAGGCCCUGCAAGGGACAGUUGCAUUAAUCAGGUAUUAAACAGUAUAUGGGCUGAAGUACUCGUAUCUACAUCGUCAAAUCCUGGCAACAACAUCCAGCGCCUUCUGAGCUAUCUCCACAUGGAGAAGCCAAAGCAGAAGUUCCCCUUCAGGAUGCAGAGUAGAUUCACCUAGCCUAUUGUUCUUGAUGUCAUUUCCUCCACAUGAUUGAGGGGCCUUAGCACCACAGACUUUAGAGUGUCUCAAGACUCUACACAGAAUGGUGCCAUCUGUUGGAGUAGGACUUGCAUCUAAAGGGAUAGAUGGCCGUCCUUUCCCAGUGGCUGUCAAGAUGACAACUUGCACUAAAAUUUUAUGUGACAGUCUGCUUCCACUAUCCACUGGAGACCUGUGCCAGCCACAUCAUUGAAAUAUGUUUCCAUUUGUUGCGUUCACCUCCUGCUCCCUUUCACUUACUUUUCCUCACUUGUGAAUCAUGCUUUAUCUGCUUCAGGGUGGUAGUAGCUGUCUUGAUGAUACUAUCGGGGAGACUGUAUUUGUUCUUGUGGAAAUAGUUACCAGUUACAAAGGACUUAGGGGAUAAUGGCUUCAAAUAGAGGCUAAAAUUCUAGGAAAAAUGAAAGGAUUGCUCUAAAAGACUUGAAAAAAACCUGUUAAUUGUGUGCCAUGGAACACAAAUUCUCAAAUUUUACAAUUUUAAAACUUUCAGGCUUAGGCAUUCAUCCAUAUUAUGUAGAAUAAUAUGUAUGAUAUCUCAAUGUCUGAAUAGUGCAAUGGUGAUUUUAUGACCAUAAAAAUUCAAGUUAAGGAAAAAGCAUCUGAGCGUUGGAAAGUAUUAUGGAAAGGUUUUUUGGGUGGGGGGGAGCUCCAGGAAUAGACUUCUUGUACUGGUGCCAUUUUUUAAAAUGCAGGAGAUGCCAUUGCAGAUGAUGUACACACUCUGGUUUAUGUUGAAGAGGCUGAUUGUUCCUUUGUAUUUGGCCACAAUGACUCACUGCACUUGGUUUCUGGGAUUAAUAGUUUAUGUUCAGACCAGACAAAAAUUUUCCACCUGUCUUUCAGAAUGCAAGCUUGUACAGGUUUUAAAUAAUAAACUUAAUUUUUUAAUGAUGUGCUACUAUUAAAAUUCUUAGUUCAAUGUGACACACAGAGACUUUCUGAAAGACCAUGGUUAAGAAUCAUCAUCUACUGAAUUUGGGCAGUGUACAUACAGUUUGGUUGUAGCAUUUGGCAAAUGUUUUAUCAUCUGGAGUAUUCCGACCCUUCACUGUUAGAAAUGAUGUUCUACCAUAUAAAUAAAACAGAAAUAAAGUAUUCUUAUUUUAA